CCGGGUAACAUCCCGGAAGUUGGCGGUCGAUUUUAAGAUAAUUUUUGACAAAACUCAAGAUUUCUUCGCCUGUUUUUGAAGAAACUGGUUCGACGCCCGGCGAGCUUCUUGGUAAAGAUGGCCAGAACAAAAAUAACGAAGAGGCGAGAAGCUACAAGAAAGCCCACAGCCAGCGCUGACAGAGUUUCAGGCGGAAGAGUUGAGAGACAGAGAAUUAGUGGUCGGACACAGUCGACGUCCUCCUCGUCCGGUUCUGAUGCAGCCAAGAGACGUAAAAGAGCAGAAAAGAGGAAACACUCUGACUCGAGCUCAGACUCAGAGCCCAAGAACAAGGGAGGGGCAAGAAAACGUCCUACAAGUUCACGGUCGUCCGAGUCCGAAUCGUCACCAAAAACAGCCAAGAGGAGAGGCCAGUCCAAAGCUCGUCUCCCUGCAGCGGAGUACAGGAAGAAGAGGAUAACAGCAGCUGCCAUGAAGAAGUGGAAACCCAUCAGUUCUGAAACCAGGGCCAUGACCUCCAAUAUCAUGGAUGCUGCAAUCACGUCUGUGCUGAGUAGCAUGAAGCCUGGACGAAAGGGGUUCCUUGAAGUGCAAGAUCAGCUCAACAACUUGAGGGAUGGGAUCUGUGAACAUUUUGACACUGCCAAAGCUCCUGCUAAAAAAGUGGACUACAGUGCCAUUCAUGCUAAAAGGAAGAUGAUUCGGGAAGACUUGAAGAUGCAGGAGGAACACCUGGCUGUCCUAGAGGCAGAGAUCAAGCGGCUAGAAAAAGUUGUUUCAAAGAAGGAGCAAAAACUGGGCAGACUGAAAGAUGCAGCAGAGAUGUCUACAGAAAUGCAGCUUCACCCUAUCCUUGAAGAUCUUCCUGAACCAUGCCUGAGCCUGCCUUCACCAUUUACUGGAAACCAUGCCGUAAGCCAGACUACCACAGGAACUACCCCAGCACAACUGCUCCAAAGUAUCCUCAAUAGAGACUGAACAUAGGGUGUCUCCAUUCAAGAUAUGCAGGGAUGUCAAGGCCUUUACUGAACUGGACAAAAGUAUCAUGUAUAGAAAACAUUCUGGGUUGUAUGGUGAAGUGUUAAAACACUAGUAAUUUUUGCACCACUGCAUCCAUCCUUGUAAAUACUUACCAACAAGUCAAAGAAAUAAAUGAGUCACGAACUGCAGGAUUUGUUUCAACAGAUAUUUUAGUAUAAAGAACAAUAACACCAACUACGUCUGAUUAUGAUUUUGUUAAACCUUCAACAGCACCAUUUAUUGCUAACUACAUAUACAUGUACAUACAAUGUAUAGGCGACUCUGAUAUUUCAACAUGUUUGGUUACGUAUAGUGUUGUGGCAAGAGCAUGCGUCUACAAUAUAUUCUACAAUGUAGUUCCAUGAUACCUGAGAAGACUUUAGAUAAACAUGCAUAACAGAGUUGAGAAAUUUGACGGAAUGAUCUUAUGUUAUGUACAUAGCAACAAAAUAAUCUUGAUUUGAAAUUAUCAUGAUUGUAAGAGAUAUUGUUAUGGUGAUACGAUUAUUUUGAAGCAGCUUACUAACUAUAGUAUACACUUAAAACAUGGUGUUAUUAAAACAUUUCAACAAUAUAAAAAGUUAGAUUUAUAAGUAAUCUAUUGGUGAUAAGACUGUUUUUUUCUAACUUUUCACUAUAUGUACACACUGUAGUACUAGUAGUAACAUAAAGCAACUUUAGUGGUUCUUUUUGUCACAACAUCAACUCUACAUCUGUCUGUGUGUUUUUGGACCAUAGUAAAAACACUGUGAACACUUGCUUUGGGACUUUUGUUUCUAUGAUCAUUGGUGUUUCUUUAUACUAAU